AUGGAGAAGCACACAAGCUACGAAACCUGCAGCACAUUAACCGUUGAGUCCUCCGGCUCAGUCAAUGAGAAAAGUUAUUUGAUCGAAAAAAUAGUAAAGGAUGAAGUGGACCCAGAGGAAAACUCCAUAUACAACAAAGUCUCUUCAAGCCUUAUAGCGAUGCUCCAGGGAGUCGAGGUGCUCUGCAACCUCUCCAUUUUGUAUCUCUUCAAGGACAACUACAAAGUCCACCCGGCAACCCUCAGCGUAAUCCUGAGCCUUAUAAAGUUACCCUGGUCGAUUAAGCUCCUCUGGGCAAUCAUCUCCGACAGUUUUCCCAUCUGGGGUUUCCGAAGAAAGUAUUACUUGCUCAUUGGGUCCAUACUAUGCAUCCUCUCACUCCUUGCGUUGGGAUUGAUAAACCAUACGAACAUUACCCUAACAGUGGUUCUCCUAAUGGUGUACUUUUUUGGGAGUUCUCUAUGUAACGUAAUAGGAGAAGCACAAGUGGUAACUUGCAGCCGAAAGGGAACAAUGAAAUGCUCAGCACAAAAUGUAUCGAUUUUUUUUGGAUUCAGAAAAUUAAGCUUUGCUAUAAUGUCCUAUCUAUCUGGGUACCUUCUAUCAGUGAUGACCAAGCAACAUAUAUUUUUGAUGGGGGCUUUUCUACCUGUUUUCGUAUUGAUAUCUUCCUUUUUCACCAAGGAGAAAAAAAGUUACAAAAAAUGUUCCAUAAAAGAUCAAGUAAAGUGUAUCUAUGAUAUGCUCAAAAUACCACACGUUAAAAAUUUCAUCAUUUUUAUUUUCCUCCUCAUGUCUAUGCCAUCAUGUGGAAGUAUUUUAUUUUUUUAUAUGACAAAUGAAUUAAAUUUUAGUCCUGAUUUGUUAGGGGAAAUGGCAAUGUUUCAAUCUUUGGCUAGCUUACUAGCCAUUUUAUCAUAUAUGUUUUUAUUCAGUACAAUGGACGUGACGAAAUUGAUUUUCUACUCUACGAUUAUUAUUACUCCCCUCUGUUUGCUACCACUAAUUGUCGUAAAGAAGAUGAACCUCUUCCUUUACCUACCCAACAGCCUAUUCAUCAUUACCGAUACUGUCCUGAUAGAAUUUAUUGCGGAGUUUCAGAGUAUGCCCAUUUUAGUUAAAUGCUCACGUAUUAUUCCUGAAGGUUUUGAGUCUACCAUUUAUUCUCUCUUCUUAUCUGCCAACAAUUUAGCUGUCAUUACUAGUUCCUUCCUUUCAUCUUUCCUAACUUAUACACUUCAUAUAACUUCAAGAAAUUUUGAAAAUCUACCUCUCAUGAUAAUCAUCUGUUGCCUCACCAAUAUUAUCCCCAUCCUCUUUUUAUACCUUUUUCCCGUCUUCGACGAAUUACCCAAAGAUGUACAGAAGAACCUCUCCUCCCCUCAUCCCUACGGCACAUACGAAACGACACACUGCGUAUCCCCAGAAAACUCGGAUGCGGAUGAGGAGAACUGCCUUUGCCACGAUCUUCCAGUGGAAAGAAGCAUCCAACAGUUCUGA